AUGAAAUCUUGGGGCGAAGCUUCACAAGUCUGAAAUUGUGAGAAUUAUGAGGAAGAAGGCUUAGAGCAGGGAAUAAUUUGAAAGAAGUUAGUUGCAAGUCAAAGAGGCAACGGUGGUAACGUACAUCCAAGCUUUAUAACCACAACUCUUCUUGGAGAGGGCAGACAAGGAUACAAAGCAAGAAUGAUCCUGUACUCUGCGAUCUUACUCCUCAUCCUAGGAGCAAGCCUUGUUUGGCUUUGAUCUUCAGAUUAUAUAAAGAAGCCAGCACACCUCCAAGCAUGGACUUCACCCAAUAAUAGAACAUCGACCAGGAUUGAAAGUGAUGUGGGAAGUAUUACAUCUCAGCUUAAUGAUAAGAUCAAUGUUAUAAAGAGCAUAUAUAAUAAUUCACUCCCAAAAUAUGCUACGAAUAGUUCUGACAUGAUAUCUAAACCCAUAGAUGCUAGUUUGGAUACGGUCAGACAUCUCUCAGACCAAUUCAGGAAUCAUCGGAAUCUUCAACAAGUUAAAGCUGUUUGUGGGGAUGGUAUCAGGCAAGAUGGCGAAGCAUGAGAUGAUGCAAACCAAGUAAGUGGAGAUGGUUGCUCUCAAGACUGCAGUACAGUAGAGGAAAAUUGGAAUUGAAUGCUUGUGACUGAAUCCGGACCUGAUCUGUGAAAAUUAAAUCUGAAGUAUUCUGAGCCUUCUUCCACUGUUAAACUGCUCAGUUAUCUUACUAUUUUGUGAGUAAUAAUAUCCGUGUGAUGCAACAUCAUCACUUCAUUUCUACAGUCGAGCUCUCGAGAGUCGGUCUUUAUAGCAAUUAACCAAACCCAACUGACUUUAUUGAUACUUCUAGCUCCUGUUGAGCUCCCUAUCGAGGUGAUGACUUAUUUAAAAUUGCUCAAUCCUUUCUUAUUGAGUGGGAAUUUCAAAUGGAAUUUCCUCAGAAAUCUACAGCAAGUUUUGGAAUAUGAACAGCCUAAUGAUUCAGUAUAUAUUAUUGGCUUACAUUCAGGGAGUUGCUUUAUAAACAUAUCAGGCUGCUGCACUGUUAUAAUGAUAAUGGUCACGAUCCAUAUCAUUCUCAAUUGUCAGCGUAUUUGUUGAAGGCAUGUUCCAAGAUGAAAUUUAAUGAAUUCUUUCGCAAUGCAAGUAGCUAAGUUCUUAUUAUUUCAUGGAUAUCUUAAGUUCAUUCUUGAAAUUUUCUUGCUAUUGUGCCUCUCUUGUUUCACAGAGAUUUCAAGAGCCAGGGCUGUUUACAAUGAGAACUCUCUAUCACUAGUACUAUGAAUCCUCACUUUAAUCGUGAUUGUCUCGAUCCUCAUUGUUCUGCUCUAUAACUCACUUCUUCAUAUGAAAGGAAUUGCUCCAAGAUGAAUGGAUGAAAUUUUUAGUGGAUUCAGGAACACUGAAGGAUGUCAACUCUACCCAAUACUUUUCCUACUUCGCCGUGCAUGCUUAAGCAUUGUUGCGAUAUGGUUCAAAGACACUGAGAUGUUAGUGUUCAUUAUUAUCUUCGUGUUCAUCAAUUACCUCCAGAACCUCUACAUUAUCAUGUGGAAGCCAUUCCCAAACAUGGUUGAUAAUUUAGCUGAGAUCAUAAAUGAGAUGUUUUACAUUUGCUUUAUUGCCUUCUUACUGUUCGGGUAUAGCAAGGAAAAGUGGCCACCAAGUGUUGUUGCAAUCUACCUUACUCUUUUCCAAGCUAACUAUGCAGCUAAUGUAAUAAUUUCAGUGGUGAAGUUAGCAAAAGUUUUGAAGAGAAGGUUUCCAGGCUCUCAGAUUGUUGGUAGAAAUAAUAGAGCACGAUCAAUGGAUGAACCAGAAGAUGAAAACCCAAGAGUGAAAAGGAGUAUCAAUAUCUAUCUUGAGCCUAUUGGAGAUAUACCUGAGAAGUUUACAAAUGUAGUCAACAAGCAGAAACAAAUUCUUCCUGAGGAAAUAAAAGAGUCUCCUCCUCAGAAUUUCGUCAAAAGCAGAAAUGCUUUAUAUUUAGUAUAG